UACUCGUCGAUUUUCGGUUACUCGAGUGCCAAGUACUUUUAAGUUCACAUCACUAAACAUGAGUCGGCAAAUGUCAAUUUUUGAUGUGUAAUAACAAAAGUAAAGGGAUUUUCUAUCGUGUGCUCGGAUUCCUUUCAUUACCUAUUAUUUUUUGUUAUUAACUAAUUAAUUGAAGUAAUAAAAUGAAGCUGCAAAUUAAAACAUUAAGCCAGAAAUCGGUGAUGGUGGACAUCGAUGCAUCAAAGACUGUGUACGAACUAAAAAAGGAGCUGUCGCUCUUUCCAGACGUUGGAGUUAAGCCCGAAUUGCAGAAGCUUAUUUAUGCCGGUAAAGUUCUUUUUAAUGAGCAACCAUUGAGUGCUUAUAAUAUAGAUGCGAAGAAAUUUCUUGUUGUAAUGGUAUUGAAGCAACCGGAGGAUGUUUUAGUUGAGACAGCGCCUUCAGGUGCUAGCAGUUCAAUGUCGGCGACAGGCGAGGCAGCAAAUGCUGCGGCAGGAAAUACGCCAACGAAAGUGUCUGCAACACCACCAGAAGCUGAAGCGACACCACCACAACCAUCAACCCCAUCACCAGCCCCAACAGUGGCAGUUACCGCAAACGCUCCGGUCACAACACCACAACGCGUUGUAGCUGCUCGGCAAGAACCGCCUCAGCCUACGAGUGGUGCAAAUGAUGAAAUGGUAGCAAAUAUUGUCAGCAUGGGAUAUCCGGAGGUAGAAGUGCGUCGUGCAUUAGCAGCAAGUUUCAAUAAUCCAGAACGCGCAAUCGAAUAUUUAAUUGAGGGUAUACCCGACUCUGUGCUUAUGCAGCCAGAAAAUGUGCUGAUGUACGGUGGGGACAGCGACGCUGAAGUGGGCAUGUCGCCAUUCGAAAUGUUUCGCAGUGAUCCGCUAUUCAGGAAUUUACGACGCGCUAUACAGCAGCACCCCGAACUUAUAAAUGAUGCCAUCCAACGUGUUGGCGAAGCAAAUCCCGCUAUACUGCAAUUAAUCAACGAAAACCAACAAGAAUUUCUCAGCUCGCUCAUUGAGGGUUCAGAUGAUGACGACGAUGAUGACGAAGGGGCACCUGGUGGCGGUGGCAACUAAAUGUCAAUAUGAAGAUUGGAUUCUGUUUACAAAUAAAAAAUAAAUAAAUUUUGAACUCAUGAUAUAUACAUACAUAAAUACAGGAUACAUCAUAAAUACAGGACAUGGACUAUGUAAUGACGGUUUGAUUGAAUAGUAAAUAAAUCGAUUCUUUGUUUUAAUUGCAUAAGAGAUCUUAGUACCUUUGUUUAGGUAUACCAAAAAUAUUUAUUCCUUUUAUUAGAUGCUAUUCACUAGUGACCUGUUUCACAAGUACGUUUGCUGCUACAACAACAAGAACAACAAAAUAACAAUAUUUUCAUUAUACAAAAAUGUAACCCAUUGUUUGAAGUGAAUGUAAUGAAGUUUCUGAGCUGAAUAGCUAAAUAAACUAUUAUAAUAAAUAAA